GUUUUUUUUCUUUAAUUUGUUUUGCCUAUUUUGGUUGUUUUGUUCUGUUGUUUCAGUUUUUUUUCUCCUUGUUGUUAUGACAGUCCUUGUAUCGUGGGGAUUUGUCAGGUUAUUACGGAGUACAGAGCAUGAGAUAAGUGAAUCCUUCAGAUGGACCGCCGGUAAUGUCAGUGACAUGCCACCAAGUGCUAGUAAUUUUACCUCAAGAUAGUACCUUCUUAUCUUCCGGGAAAAGCGGUUGUUGGCCUUUCUGAAAUGAGACAUGCCUGACCCGACCCUACCUAAAAAAGUGAUCAUCCAUUUUGCCAUGGGUGACCUCGUGCAUUUCUCGUGGCAGACUCGUGCUGCUCUGCGAGGUGCUGUGGAUGGGUUCGGUGCUUACGGUACUUGACCCAAUCGCCAAGGUUUGGUGCGUCGGUAGGUACCACAAUCAUUGGUUACCUGGAGUAAUUGGAUUGCUUUGACUCGGAGGCUUGUUUGGUUGCAGUUUGUUGAACAUAAGAACGCUUGCAUUGAGCUGCCACAAUUGGUAUUGCCUUGGAUGUUAUGUUAUGUUAUGUUGAGUUCUGGUGCAUGCAUGCAUUCAGCUGCCUGUCAUUAUGCCUUUCUGUUCAUUUCAAGGGUUUUGACUUUGUAAGCAGUGAAUGUGUCUCCCUUACAUCAAUCAAUGGCUCUUGCUGGGCAGUGAAUGAGAGCCCUCCAGUAAUUGGGCUUCUAUCUAAAUCACCCGUUGAUCAUCGUCUUGCUUCGUCCUUUGAUGCCUUCAUCAGAUAAACGUUAUAGCGAGAACGUUACGAUAUCAAUGCUCGUCAUACCCGCAGAAGCAAAGAAGAGAGAAAAAAAGAGAAACAGAUAGACCCACCUGCUACCAAAAAGUGUGCGCGUGUGUUUUUUUCCCCCCUCCUCCAUCCAGUUCAUUGACUUCAUUCGAC